CCCCUGGAAACUAACAUGCUAGUCCAGAAUAGAAAAUAAUACGAGUUAGACCUGUAGCUGUAUUAAAAAUAUUAUUAAUAGACUUUUCUCGCGUGCACUCAAGGCAUGCGCCUUUUGAGUGUUGUAUAUCGUAUCAUCUGAGAUUUUAACUAAUUUAUAGUUCUCCCGUUGUUCCCGCGACUGGAAUAUACCUUUAUUGCGGUAGAAGUGAACACAGUUUCAUCCCAGAGUUCACCCUACACUCGCAAGCAUGAAAUCCGCAGAGGAAGAUGCAUACAGUUACAGCCCAAACACCAGCAUCAGCCUUUCUUUGAGUAACCCCUGCCCACCCUCCCAGUACCACCAUCUCCAGACCAACCCUUCCUUGUCAGUAUCCAUCAGUCAGCCAUCCUCAUUCUCCCCCCAAGACGACAUGAGCUCAGUUGGCUACUUCCAGACAUCCGGUCCCCGGUCCAAUGGAGCUCCCACAUUGGAGAGUCCACGCAUUGAGAUUACAGCUUAUGGACAGUUCCCUGAAGAUGAAGUGGAGGACAACAGUGUGCCGGUGGACAAGCGGGUCAAUUCCAUAAUGACGUUAACAUUGCCAAACGCUGAUGGUUAUCGCGAUCCCAGUUGCCUCAGCCCUGCAAGCAGCGUGUCAUCGCGCAGCUGCCACUCUGAUGCAUCAUCAUACGAAUCAGGCUUCUCGUAUAACUACGAUAACUCACCCCAGAACUCGCCCUGGCAGUCUCCUUGCGUCUCCCCUAAAGGUUCCUCAUCACUGCAGUCUUGCACCCUCGGUGCUUCUCCACGACAUUCACCAUCUGGUUCUCCUCGUACCAGCAUCACUGAUGAUAACUGGGUGGGCCCUCGAGGCUCGCGAUCAAACUCCCCUUGUGGUGGUAAACGGAAGUACAGCUUCAAUGGCAGUUCAUCGCUCAAGUACCAUCCGUACUCACCAAAUCAAUCACCAGCACCGUCGCCGCAAAAUUCACCACGUCUCAGUGUGACGGAGGACACCUGGCUGCCCAACACUAAUCAGUACACCAACUCUGCCAUCGUUGCUGCCAUUAACGCCCUCACCACAGACGGAUUAACAGAUCUUGGGGAGGGGAUCCCUUUGAAGGCACGCAAGACCAGUCUGGAACAUAGUGCUUCGAUGAAUUUGAAAAUAGAACCAGGUGGAGAGGAGACAGGAUCCCUGGAGCUUUGCCAGGAGGAUUUCUCGGCUGCACGCUUGUCCUUCAAAAAAGAGACCUACUGCAGUGGCUUCUUGAACGUUCCCCAGCAUCCAUAUUGGUCCAAGCCAAAGCCUUACAUCAGUCCAUCUUUGCCUGCACUUGACUGGCAGUUGCCUUCCAGUUCAGGGCCAUACAGCUUACAGAUUGAUGUCCAACCCAAAUCCCAUCACCGUGCCCACUAUGAGACAGAGGGCAGCAGAGGGGCUGUGAAGGCACUAGCAGGAGGGCAUCCAGUGGUCCAGCUUCAUGGCUACAUGGAGAGCGAACCUCUGACCCUACAGCUGUUUAUUGGGACGGCAGAUGACCGCCUUUUACGGCCUCAUGCCUUCUACCAGGUCCACCGUAUAACCGGGAAAACUGUGUCCACACCAAGCCACGAGGUCAUGCAGUCCAAUACCAAAGUUCUUGAGAUUCCACUUCUGCACGAGAGUAACAUGAGGGCCAUAAUCGACUGUGCUGGAAUUCUCAAGCUGCGUAAUUCAGACAUUGAACUGCGGAAGGGUGAGACAGACAUUGGACGGAAGAACACACGUGUGAGGAUGGUGUUCCGUGUCCACAUCAACCAACCAAAUGGCAGGAUGGUGUCCUUACAGGUGGCGUCCAACCCUAUCGAAUGCUCCCAGCGCUCAGCACAGGAGCUGCCUCUUGUGGAUAAACAGAGCAUGGAAAGCUGUGCCGCCUCAGGGGGGGAACAGGUGCUUCUCAGCGGGCACAACUUCCAGCCUGACUCCAAGGUGGUGUUUGUGGAGAGAGCACAAGAUGGCCAUCACAUAUGGGAAAUGGAGGCCAAAGUCAACCGAGAGUCUUCAAAAUCGGUGACUUUACUUGUGGAAAUUCCACCAUACCGGAACCAAAGAAUAUCCAGCCCGGUUCAAGUGAAUUUCUACGUGUGCAACGGCAAACGAAAAAGAAGCCAGUACCAACAUUUCAGAUACCUACCCACAAACGUUCCAACCAUAAAAACAGAGCCGCACGAUGACUAUGACCUUCCCCAGAUAUGUACGCCGCUCCAUCCUGCCGGGUUGGCUUUGCAUCCAAAGCCCUACUACAGCCCACCAACACUGACCCCCAUGAUGCCUUCAGAGCAAAGGCCCUGUGUCACAGGCUCAUUCAGAACCAGCCCUCAAAGACUGGUGGCAAAGCCCACCUCCUUAUCUUGCUUCUCCUUACCCAACACCAGCCCCAAACUCCAAGACCUCUCCCCACCUCACCUUUCCACCAAGUGCCUAUCAGCAGGAUCAAACCUGGGGCCCCAGUCUCCUACGGUCCCACAUGUCUCCACCAUUCAGCCCACACCUGGACGCUAUCCACAGUCCAUCAUUUACCCAACAGGAAGCGCUGCGUCCUCUCCAGGGUCCCAUCCUUCCACUCCAAACUCAGCACCAGAACUCCCCUUCACUCCCAGCCACAGUUUGACACAAUCACAGGGCACCAGUGAGGCCCCGGCUUUAGCUGCUCAGAUAACCAAAGCACCGGUGAGGGGUGGAUCAUCCCCCCUCAUUCAAGAGGAGGGAGAAGCCCCCACAAUGCUGGCUGUCAGCAUCAAGCAGGAACCGCAGGAACUGGAUCAAAUGUACCUAGAUGAUGUUAAUGAAAUCAUCAGGAACGAUCUCUCCAGCAUCUCGGUGCAAAGCCAUGCAUAGCAGCGGAGGGUACCUCUGAGAAGACCACAGCCAAAAACUCUUCAGAAUACUACAUUUCUUCUAGAAGAUGCAAAUCAGCAAGACCUGACUCUGAUAACACAGAUUUGCAAACAAACUUUAUUAUACACAAAGAUCCAUUCAACAUGUGGCCAUCAGAACUGACUGAACUUCCCUUGAUUUAUUUCCAUGAGGGACUGAAAUCCAGCCUUAAAUCACAGAAAAACAAGUGCACUUCACUUCAAAAUCGAUCAGCCUGUCCUGCCAAGAUAGCGUGUGUUUUGUUUUGGACCAAGUCGUCUCCCUAUUUCUUUCCCAUUUACUUUCUAGUACUCUUAAAUUAUUACUAGUAAUACUUUUUAAUUAUUACCAUAAGUGCAGUACACAACCGUGCAUGCAUAUUUUUAAAAAGAAAAUCUGCAAAUCUGAUGUAAUGUUGAGAAAUUUGGAGAUAAUCUAAAAAGUCUGGAUCACAAAUCAAUAACUUUGAAGGCCAAAACCAGACAUGACACAUGCACAAUUCUAAAUUAUAACCGAAAGCAUUUUGUUUUGGAUGCAUGUGUGUGUGAAUGCAAGGGUGCAUGUCAACACACUCUUUUGUCUAUAUGUUUUUGUAUACUGUAUUAUAAUCCAAUGACACAGAUAAGUGUGGUUAAAUGAAGAUGUUCAUUGUGAAGAAAAACAUUGACGGCUGAUUGCCUUUGUGGAUAAAUUUGUCAAAAUAUCAUUUUGAAGCUUCGACUUGUUAGUAAGCCCAAGAUUCAUUUGCCUUAAUCUGAUGCCGAAUUGUCUUUUUUGUUGUUUGACAGCAGAUGUCUGUGCCUACUCAUGUCUUACUAGCCAUUCCAAUGUUUAUAGCUUUUUUAUUAAAUAUCAGGUAAGAUAACUUGUUAACUGGAAUUUUUAUGUAAUAGAAUAGAAGUUAUUUAUUUGGAGUAAGCUGGAAUUAAUCAAAUGCAAGCCAUAAGGGAGGUAUAGCAAUUCCCUGAUCGGUCCCAUUUUAGUGGUGACCAAAGAAUGACUGGCAUUGUCAACCAUUCAAUAUUAUUCUAGCAAUUUCAAGGCAAGAUAAUUGUUACAUUAGGCUGUGCUCUUUUGAACUGCCUAUUAACAGCUGAAUAUUUGUGUAUGUCUUACUAUAACUGCCUCUUAUGACCUGAUGGUUUACUGCACUGUGCCUUAAAGUGUUUUAUAAGCAGGAAUACUUUUAUAUGUAAUUUUGUCCUCUAGUUAUAGAUGUAAUGCAUGUUUCUCAGCAUAUAAUGAGAUUUUGUACUGGGGUUUUAGUUCCUGUACAUUGUAUCCUUUGUCUUUAGGUUAUUAGGCAAUGUAUGCACUUUAAUUUGUAUUUUUCUUUACUGGGAUCUAAAAAAAAUCCCACACAUUUUGUUUGUUGUUUAUCUUUUUUGACAAUCAGACUUAAUUCACAAAGGCGAUAUACCCUUUCACAGUGUACCAACAAUCAGAUUCAUGAUAUUGUUUUUCUUUCAAGUAUAUAAUAUGUAUUUAAUCAAUGCUUGUCACAUUUCUACAGAGUAUUUUUGUUUCAAUACCCAAAAUAUGCACAAUAAAUUCAUGGUAUGU